AUGGCAGCGGCCACUGUACGUCCUCAGGGCGCAAGGCCCAUGCCGUCCUCAUCCGGUUCAGGAGGCAGUGGAGGUGGUGGUGGUGCGAUGUCCUAUUAUGGGGGCGGUGCCGGAUCGUUUGCUGCGCCUCCCACCAAGGAGGCCACCUGGUACGAACACGAGGAACGAAUGCGGCCCUCGUACAUUCAGCAACCUCCGCCUCAGCCUCUUGCUCCUUCUACGCAAUACAAUCAACCGUAUACCACAAGAGCUCAACCUCCUAUGAUCCCAACAGCUUAUGCCAACCACGCCAGCGCAGCGUAUGCUCCCCAUCCCCACUUGUCGCAAUCGAGCCCACACCAGCAAGGACCAGUCCCGGCUCAGCGGGCUUUUUCGCAGUACCCAUCCCCUGCUACGCAGCCUCAAGCGCUGUACCAAACCUCGCAAUAUACCCCACAGCAGCCACCCGUGCCGCAGCGAUACAACCAAGCAGGCGCUCCCUCAUCCCGACCGCCUCCAUCGCCCUCUUCCAAGUAUGCAAACCCGCACCUCAACAACGCUCCCUCUCGCUUUGCGGCCAGCCCUUCGUAUCGCAACUCGGAAGAGCCUCUCCGCUCCACCGUCAAGGGCAGCGCUUUCAUGCACAAGGGCUUUUGGGACAUCAUGUCGCUCGUCAACAACCAAGGUCCCUCGCCCAAUCGUCUCGCCCCACCCUCUUCAUCACAGCGUCCCUCGUCCCCUGGCAAGUUCCGCUCCACGCUUAGUAAGGCCUCAGGCGCACUGCGCAAAACGCCUCAAGACGCCUUCCAAGCGGGUCCCGAGUACGGCGCUUCCGCUGCUAAAUCGGGCAACGCCUCGCCUCGGGCCCCAGCUUCUCCCGUCAAAGACGCUUCGUUCGCUGCCGUUCCUGGCGCCUAUCCUCGUCCGUCGUUUGCUGCUCCCUCCACUCAUACAGCCAACGCUUCUGCCAUCAGUACCGCUAUGAACUUCUUCGCGCCCGCCGUCAUUGGUCCCCGAGCGCAAAAGAAGCGCAUCAGCGUUGAUAUGGUCGGUGCUCCCCAGACACAGACCUUCGUGCAUGCAGCUCACGCCAGCGACGCUGAGCAAGCCGAGGUCAUCCUUAGCAGAUGGAGUCGCGAUGGCAUGGGCAAAGUCGCAGACCCAUCGUGGGUCGAGCCUAUUAAGGAGGCUCUGCGUCUGCAAGCUGCCCGGAAUCAAGCUGAGGCUAUCGCCCAGGUCCAGGCCGCCAUGCACCAGGACAGUCUGAUUCAGGACCAUCCUCGUCAGCUUCACAUUGUCAACGGUGCACCCAGUCAAAUUUCCAUGCUUACCACCACCACCACAGCCACUGCCGGUCAUAGCACAUUUUCCAACGCUACGAUCCGACCUGGUGUUUCUGGUGGCGCAGCUCCUGGCUUGUCUCCUACACGAGAAAAGAAGGCGUUCGCAGGGAUUGAGGAGGAGCCUGCUAUCGGGACCGACGCCGAACUUGAAGCUGCCAUCCAUGCACACUUGCAGCUCUCCUCUCCGCCUCUUCACCCUGCCUUCCGACCACCUACUCUUCGCACCAACACGGCUGGCACUUUGCUCGUCAAUCCAUCGCCUCCAGUUGCGCGCGACGGUAACCUGCGCGCUCCCGACUACAUGAUGUAUCGUCCUCCGUUGCCCAACACUGUCACGCCGAGUGUAUCGAAUCGCAACAGCCGCAACAUCGACGGCUUGCCCUCGGGAGCUCCGCAUGCCAUCAACGCCAUUUUUGACGAGGCACCUCAGACUCCUACCGGCUUUGCAACGCCUCCCACCUCGGAGCAUCGCAACUCCAUGGUCGUAAUCGACAGUCUUCGGUCUAUCGACACGGCCGGAAUGACAGCACUCGCUGAAUUUUCUCAGCCCAUUGGUGCGGCGGUGCGUCCUUCGCUCGAGACCGUCGAGAAAAGCGUGGCUGCCAAGAUCUACUUUGAGAACCUCUACUACGGAAUUCUCAAGAAGCCCAAGGCUCGUGACACCAGAAAGGCUGGACUCGAGGCGGAGCUUGCCGCGCUGCGCAUCCCCGAGAGCAACAAGGAACAAAUCCGCGAAGCAUGGAUGGCCAACGAGACGCGCUAUUUGCGCGACCUGCGCGCGCGUGUCGACGUCAACUCGUUCCUCAAGCUCAAGACCAUCGGCCACGGCGCGUUUGGUGUGGUGGCGCUGUGCAAGGAACGCCAGUCGGGUCAACUGUACGCCAUGAAGCAGCUGCGCAAAGCCGACAUGCUGCGCAAGGGACAAGAGGGUCAUGUACGCGCCGAGCGAGAUCUCAUGACUUCUGCCUCAGCCAGCGCCUCGGCAAAGUGGAUCGUCAAGCUCGUCUAUUCGUUCCAAGACGUCGACCAUCUCUACCUAAUCAUGGAAUUUAUGGGAGGUGGAGACCUGCUCAAUCUGCUGAUCGAGAAAGACAUUUUUGAAGAAGAUUUUGCGCGCUUCUACGUCGCAGAGAUGAUCCUCGCGAUCCACGAAGCGCAUUCGUUCGGCUACAUUCAUCGCGACAUCAAGCCGGACAACUUCCUCUACACGUCGGACGGUCACAUCAAGCUGGCCGACUUCGGACUGUGCCAGUCGUUCCACUGGGCACACGAUGGAGCUUACUACGACCAGCAGCGCAAGAAUAUGCUGAAAAAGCACGGCAUCGACCUGGACGAUUCGCACGCUGCUGCGGGCAUGCGUCGUUCUGCGCAGGCGACGGGUCGAGGCGGAGCUGGUCCAGGCCAAGCGGGUGCCGGUCUCACCGACAAGGAGCUCAUUGAGAUCAUGUCGGAUCGCAACGCCGACGGCACACCCAUGACGCACGUGCUAACGUGGCGAGAGAAGAACAAGAAGAAGAUCGCUUACUCAGUGGUGGGCACCAACAACUACAUGGCGCCCGAAGUGUUGCGCGGACUGGGUUACGACCAGGCGUGUGACUGGUGGUCGCUUGGUGUCAUUGUGUUCGAGAUGCUGUAUGGCUACCCGCCGUUCGUGUCCAAGUCGAGGCAUCUGACGCGCCAGAAGAUCCUCAACUGGAAGCAGACGCUGAGGUUCCCGCCGAAGCCGAGGAUCUCCCGAGAGGGGCAGGACUUUAUCGCUCGACUGGUGUGUGAGCGCGAAGACAGGCUAGGCAGCACCGCUUCGGCGUCGGUGAGCAGGCCCAACAGUUACCUGCAGAACGCGCGAAGGUCUGGAUUCAACAACCAGAUAGGCGGAAGUGCGAGCGGCAGCGGCCUGCAAGAUGGCGUGGAAGAGCUCAUGUCUCAUCCGUGGUUCAGGGGCAUUGACUGGGACAAUCUGCACAGGAUGCGUCCGCCGUUCCGACCCGCACUCAGCCACGCCGGCGACACCAAGCACUUUGAGGACGACAUCGAAGACGCGCCUUUGGCUGCGCCCGGUGCGGCGGACAACCCAAACGCCGACCAGCCAAGAGACCCCAUGCUGCGAGACCGGGAGCAGGGCCCCAAGCUGCUGGAGAUGCGCAAACAGCUCGCGUUUGUGGGGUACACGUUCAAGAGCCCCAAAGCCUUCGACCCGCGAGAACAGUUGGCGGAUGAGAGGAACAUCAUUGCUGCCGAGCGGGCGGCGGGGAUCAUGCCUGCUCACGAACGAGGGAGGAGCAAGGAGCCCACCGAGAUCGGGAGCAGAAUUCGAAGCAUGUCUAUGUAA